AUGACCAGUAGUUUUGGGGUUUCUCAAAUGCCUGGUUUUGUAGCUAGUCAAAAGGACUAUCGAAAGGUACCUUCAACGUCAAUUUUCGAGCAUCAAGAGUAUUUAACAAUGUUUUUUGGAUAUUGUGGUCAAUGCUUAAAGGUGCUCGUCCAUGGCAGAGAUGAACCCUUUGUCUGCAAUCAAUGUCCAUAUGAGUUCUUUGUUUGCAAUAAAUGUAUUGCGCACAUGCCACGUCAACAUCCGUCGAUGCAUACAUUUUCAAAAUCAGAAUGGCACAACGUGGCAUUUAAACUUGCUCAUGACUUGAAACAUUUCGGUAUCCUUUGUGAUGGAUGUGGGACUAAAUCGUUCGGCGGGACGCGACACCGCUGCCAACGAUGUGAUACGAGCUUUGAUUUGUGCGAAAAAUGCAUUGGCACAACGCCCAAAAAUCAUACAUUUAAAAUUAUUUCAAACCGUUAUCUACGUGCUUGCAAUCAUAAGUUACUUGCUCAGCGUGUCUUAGAAGUAAUUUAUCCUUCUCUUGUCGAUUCCAAUUCUUAUGCUCUCGCAACAACUCCAACGGACACCGUCUACAUUGCUAAAAGUUCUCUUCCGAACGCUGGUCUAGGAGUAUUUGCAUCUCGUCGCAUCGCACGUUUCAGUUAUUUUGGUCCUUACGUUGGCUAUAAGCGAAGCGUUGACCUCAUUCACGGAGCAAGCAGCUAUGCUUGGAAUGUGCUAGACAAGUCGGGUAAUGUUAUGUAUUACAUCGAUGCAGUUGACCCAAAAAAUUCGAAUUGGCUUCGAUUCGUCAAUUGUCCAAACAAUUUUGCUCAACGAAAUCUCAUGUCAUUAGUGUAUCAUGGUGAUAUUUUUUACCUGUCAAUUCGAAAUAUCGAAGUCGGAGAGGAACUUUUAGUCUACUACGGAGAUGCUUAUGCCGAAAAACUUGGCAUUGAUACGAAGCAGUUCCAAUAA